UAGCCGAAUGCCACACAGCACAAGCACGGCAGCAACGCCGAUGAAGCCCUUCUCGCGUAGCCUCCAGUGGGACCUGGACGCCGCAGUCGACGACGAUGACGGCAAGCAGCACUCCGCCGACGACGGCGAUGGCAAGCAGAACACCGAGAGAGGCCUCCGGCGGCCGUCCCGGCUGUUCUACCUCGCGCUCCUCUACACCGUCUUCUGGGCGCUGGUAUUCUACCACCACUUCUCUACCAGCGUGCAACAAUCAGGCAGCGCGGCGGUGGCAGCGCCCACCGUGCUCCAGCUCAAGCCGUCGGCGUUCUUCUCGGCGUCUCGCUUCUUCCGCCGGGACCCCUGCGCCGGCCGGUACGUGUACAUGUACGACCUGCCGCCGCGGUUCAACGCCGACCUCGUCAGCGGGUGCCGCCGGGUCUCGGCCUCCUCCGACGUGUGCAAGGACGUGUCCCACGACGGGUUCGGCCCACCCAUCACGGGCGGCGGCGAGGGCGGGUCGCUGCCGGAGCAAGGCGCCUACGACACCGACCAGUUCAUGCUGAGCAUCAUCUUCCACGCCCGGAUGCGGCGGUACGAGUGCCUCACGGCCGACCCCGCCGCCGCCGCCGUGGUGUACAUCCCGUUUUACGCCGGCCUCGACGCGGCGAUGCACCUGGGAAACAACGACCUCGCGGUGCGGGACGCCCUGUCUCGGGACCUGUUGGACUGGCUGGCGCGGCGGCCAGAGUGGCGCGCCAUGGGCGGGCGCGACCACUUGCUCGUCUCGGGGCGGGGAACAUGGGACUUCCUCCGCAGCCCGGACUCAACCGGCUGGGGCAACACGCUCAUGACCUACGACCUGGCCAUCCGCAACGCCACGUUUCUCACCACCGAGGCCAGCACGCGGCACGGCAACGACUUCGCCGUGCCGUUCCCGUCGCACUUCCACCCCUCCUCCGACGCCGAGGUCACCGGCUGGCAGGACCGCAUGCGCCGGCUGGACCGCGCGUUGCUCUGGUGCUUCGCCGGCUGGCCCCGUCCCCGUGGCAACGGCAUGGGGCCCGAGCGCGCCGAGAUCAUCGAGCAGUGCGGCAAGUCGAGCCGCUGCUCUCUGCUCGGCAAGCUGAACCACUACGUGCCCGGCCACGCCAUGCGGCUGCUGGAGAGCGCCCAGUUCUGCAUGCAACCGCGCGGCGACGGGUACACGCGCAAGUCCACCUUCGACUCCAUCCUCGCCGGCUGCAUCCCGGUCUUCUUCCACCCCAUCUCCGCCUACCUCCAGUACACCUGGCACCUGCCCAGGGACCACCGGAGCUACUCGGUGUUCAUCCCGCACGGCGACGUGAUCGAGCGGAACGCCAGCAUCGAGGAGGUGCUGAGCAGGAUACCGCCGGAGAAGGUGGCGCAGAUGCGGGAGCGGGUCAUCCAACUUAUACCCACCGUGUUGUACCGGCACCCGGCGGCCCAGGGGGUUACUUUCAAAGACGCGUUCGACGUCGCCCUUGACCGUGUCGUCGACCGGGUGGCCAAGCGCCGGCGUGCGGCGGCCGAGGGACGGGAGUACGUGGACGGCGUGGACGGAGCUGAUAGCUGGAAGUACGACUUGCUAGAAGAUGGGCAGACCAAGGUAGGUCCGCAUGAGUUCGAUCAAUAUCUGUAACCGCAGAUUAAUUUACUUGGGUAACUCGUUCUUUUUUUGAACUGGUUUACUUGGGCAGUUUUGUUUAGAUAGAUUUACUUUCUUUUUAGUCUGAGAUGGAAAACAAGAAAAUAUUUUGGUCGAUUCAA